UGUGAUAAUUUUUAUAAAUUUUGGUUUUGUGUACCUACCGUAAUAUUAUUUAAUUGAGAACUAAUGAACCUAUUAUUAAUCGUAUUUCAUACAGUACAAUAUAACCUACAUAUUAUUAAUUUAACACGUUGAAAGCAAAGUUGUAACAGUAUUCUUCAUUAUUAUAAUAUAAUAAUUUCAACGACAACACAAGUCACAACUCUAUUCAUCAUGAAUGUGUUAAAGCCGGAGCUUAUAUGGAUUGAAGGACGUUGUUAUAGAGUAAAUGAUGCACAUACUGAUGUUUCUUCUUUUCAAGAACAUGAUUUGUACGAAAAUGAAAUUGCUUAUCAGGAUGAAAUUGAUGAUGAAGAUGAUGAGGAUGUUGAAGUGUUACAGAUGAACAACAACAGAUAUUAUGUAAAUUUACAUGUUCCGAAACAUUAUCUUGGAGCUAUAAUAGGGAAGAAAGGAGCUGUUAGAAUGAGAUUACAACAUGAAACAAAAACUGAUAUCAAGAUACCAAGAAUGGGAGACAACAAAGAUGUCACUAUUUAUGGACCAAGUGCAUCUAAUGUCAAAGCAGCCAGGAGAAAAAUUAACAUGAUUGUGAUGUCAUCAAGGUUAAGGCAACGCCCUACACAUUUUAUAUCAAUCCCACUAAAUAAAACCAAUAUUAUUUCUAACUUUGAAACAUUUAAGAAAGAUGUGCUUCAAGACUUUAAAGACAUGGAAGAUACUUUAUUUAUAAGAUCAAGUAAACUGCAUGUUACCAUAGGUGUGAUGUGUCUAAUGGACAAUGAGGAGCGAACAUCUGCUUCAAAACUUUUUACUGAAACAAAGGACAAAAUUAUAAUGCCAUACAUUCGUGACUAUCUUCCGUUACGUGUGAGGGUACAAGGUAUUACCAACAUGAACGACGAUCCGAGCGCGACCCACGUAUUGUACGCCCGUGUGUGCGAGCAGGACGCACCCCCUGGUACACUUCAGACGCUCGUUGACGCUGUAUCGCAAUACUUUCAGAAGGCUGGAUUAAUGCGUCGAGAGCACGAUCGGGAUAACGUUAAAAUACACGCGACACUCAUGAACUCAAAAUACAGAGCAGAGGCUCAGGACAGCGGCGAAGAUGACUCUAGCAGACCGAAGAGACAACCUUUCGAUGCAUCGAAAAUACUAGCGAAGUACGCCGACUACGACUUCGGUGUUGCAGAAGUAACGGGCAUGCACCUGUCACAGCAUCAUUCCAUGGGCGAGGACGGUUACUAUGUAGCGACGUGUGUUAUGAAUUUCGAUUAAUAAAUAAGAAUAAUGAUUUUUUUUUUA